UUCGAAGUGUUCGUCACAAGAACCGGUAACCCGGCACACGCGGAAAAAUGGCGGGCAGAUUUAUUCGAAGGGGACUAGAUCAUCUCAAAAGUAAAGAAUUUAGAGAAUAUUUAUGCAGCACGCAUUUUUGGGGACCGGUUGCCAAUUGGGGACUACCCCUGGCUGCCAUGUCCGACAUGAAGAGGGAUCCAGAGUAUAUUAGUGGCAGAAUGACAACAGCACUUUGUAUUUACUCAGUGUUGUUCAUGAGGUUUGCGUGGAAAGUUCAACCUAGGAAUAUGCUUCUGUUUGCUUGCCACUUUUCAAAUGAAGUCUGUCAGCUUGUUCAACUAGGAAGAUUUGUCAAAUACAGGCUGGAGGGUGGAGCAAGGACACCAAGUGUUGAAGUCUACCCAUCAAGUUAAACUUGCAUUUUUUGAAAUAUUCUGUCCUGGCAAUCUUUGGAAUUUGGUGUAUGAUAAUAAUAUUUAACACAUAACUUAUAAAUAAGUGGAAAUGACAAAACGUGAUGUAGAUAGAAGAAACUGUUUUAUACCUGACAAUGUUCCUCCAUUAGGACAUACUGUUUUUACAGUUUUUAAUGACAAUUGUUAAGGGAAAAUAGUUGGGCUGUUUUAUAAUUUACCCGUAAUAAAUAAGGAGUGCUUUGUGUUAUAUGUAACAGGGCUGCAAUACAUUGAAAGGGAAGCUUGAAAUCUAGUUAGGAAAUACAAUUAAAGGGAUCAGAGGAUUACAAGAAGAUUAAGUCUUGUAUAAUUCACACGAAUUCUGAAAAUGUCUAAGACCUACAUGUAACCUGUUCAAGUUUUACUAUUAUUAAAGCAGAGUUUAUUUUUGUAGCAGGACACAUUCUUAACCACUUAGGCUUUUUACAGGCACCCAUUUCAAACAGUGUACUACUACCAAACACUUUUUGUUUUGGUGGCAGAGCUAUGAGACUACAAGGAAUUCCAAAUGUCAUUACUCCCCAUUCUCCUUGCAGCUUCACUGCUCUUAUGAAAGGCUGUACUCUACUGCCAAAACACAAAGUCAUUAACACUCAUGCACAAAAUCCCACGAGCUAGACAGGCUUGGAUUGGGAAGGCCAAAGGACCCAGUCCUGAAGUGACCAAAGGACCUAACGUGCUACAUUUUGAAAGAGAGGGGCUAAGUUGUCAUUUUACAUUUAUUUUACAAUUUGCAGUGCCGUGUAGUCUUUGUAGAACUCAGUGGAAGCUACAACUUAAAGGAAGCUGAACUUUGAGAAACCCUGUAAUUUUGGAGCCAGUUGCCACAGCAGUGGUAUGUAAAAUUGUUGUGACAUUUGAUCAGACAUUAACUGAACGAGGGUUUGCUGCUUAAAAAUGGGGAAAAAAGUGUUGGCAGUGUAGACUUCCAUUAAUUCAGCUUCCUUUUGUUAUUAGGAAUGGUAGUAAUUUAAGUUAACUGCCUAUAAUGAAGCAAAAUAUAGUGUAUGAAAUGUACGGGUUAUGAGAUAUCUUGUUUCUGACUGACGAAUGGAUUGCUUAUUACAGUUAAGAUUACUGUUGUGUGUGGCAUAAAAGGGUAUUUAUUAAACACCUCUCAUUGAAUUGUGCUUUUAAUGAAAGUAAGUUGGGUGAAGCAUCAGUUGUGUGAGACAAGGCAAGAACUUGACUGCAGGAGUGACUUUUUAAGUGAGUUUUUAGGGUACACCAUGUAUUGAAUUCAGGAAUUAAAUAUACUCAGAAACUGAAAUACAGUGUUCAAUAUUAUUUAAUUUGGAUAAUAAAUUACUGAUUUCUUUGACA